CCUAAAUAUAUCAACUUUUUAAUUUUACGUUUACGAAUAAGGAUUCCUAGUUAUUUAAGAAUCACUAGAACCUUUUUCUUCAAGCAGUAGGCUUUUGAAAGAAGUUAGUCGUUUAAAAUCAAUUUUCUGUUUUUAGUUCACGAGUUCAAAUUCUUCGUAUUUGUCCUGGUGAAAAUAAAGAUUUUGGUGUUAUUUGGAACAUUCUGGACAAUCGCACUGCUAAUAGGAAAAGUAUUUGCCAUUAUUAAAGCUUCAGAAUAUAUGAAAAGUAAGUAUACACAUUUGAUAAAGUUAUAUAGACCCUCGCCGAGCUUUCUCGCCAAGAGUACAGGUCUAAUUUUGUGUUUAUUUAUUUAGCAACUUCCCGCGCCUCUGCCAAUUACAGGAUGGGUAAACAUGAAAAUAAAAAGAAAACAAUACAUAUAACUGGGGGAUGUGUUGUAGGGAAACCUCGAGCGCUGAAAAAAACCUCAUAACAGAACUCUGAGGAAAAAAGCGUUCUAGCCUUACCCGCCCAGUACUCAACAAUCAAACCGGAAACAUUUAUGCAAGCGUUAACAAAAAUAAGUAUUAAUGUCUCUGUAACUGAAUUAUAAUGCUACACAUUAUAUAGAUAGGAGAACACUAAAGUAUGUCAGUCCUAGGCCUGGCUAAGUAAACAAUUGCACUAUUUCGCGACGUUAGACUAGGAACAAUGAAGUUGUUCCAAGAUGACACUGAAGCCUAUAAUACCAGGGCUAAGCUUGUGAAGAAACUGAAGGGAAUUAUUUUUGCAUCGUCUCUCUAAACUACAGAUGUUAUGUCUCACCAUCAACUCACUAUGAGGAAAGCCAAUCGCAGGGUAUUUCCCAUCCUGUUUGUAUGAAAUAUAUAUUUCCAGUGUGAGAGGAGAAGGGAGGUUUUCUGUCAAAUAUGACUCUCAGGGUCAUUAAUUGUAUUAGGUUUGUCAAGUUUCCUGCUCCAAUACUAUAUACAUACCUACAUCAUGACCCCUGUUUUUAAAGUAAAAGACAAAACAUUACACCUAGCAGCAUUCGAAACCAAUCUGUUUUCACGGAACCAGUUGUCGACUCUCACAAUGUUGCAUGGUAAGCAAUGACAAUCUUCAAUGUGAGAGAUUCUACAGAAAAGUUACAUAUCGUCAGCACAUAUAAAAAAAUCAAUAUCAAUAACUGUGUGUGUGUGUGUGUUUUAAAUUGUAGAGGACCAUGAUUACCACCAUGAAAAAAUUGUAUAUUCGGCACCGCCAGCAUAUAGUGACCACUCAUUUGGUUCCCCACAAGACCAUGGUUACGCUUCAGAUCCAUCGGUAGAUGAUUACAAUGCACAUCGACGUCACAAUAUUCCAAAAUAUCGGAAAUACAAGGAUACUGGCAUUUUUGAACAGUUGAGAGGAUUCGUCACUCGUUUGAAUACAACAGAGACAGCCUUCAAAAAAAUGGGUGUUACUUCUGAUAAUUGCAAGAAGAAGCUGAUUUGCGAACUUCAAUAUGCAGCAAAACAUAGUUCAAUUCUAUCAUAUGCCUUGAAUAUAUUGAGGGACUCAAGUUUCGAUAAUUACAGAACAGAUGGCUAUAUUCCAGAUAUGUCUUUCUGUACCUCGACAAAUAUGAGCUGCAAGGAAGAUGUUACGUAAAAAAAUCAGCGUUGUGUUUGUCAAAUGACGAAAU